AUGCUGGGCCUCGUCCUCUUCUCUGGCAGGGGGCGCUUUGGCCAGGUUCACAAGUGUGAGGAGAAAGCCACAGGUCUGAAGCUGGCGGCCAAGAUCAUCAAGACCAGAGGCAUGAAGGACAAGGAUGAAGUGAAGAACGAGAUCAACGUCAUGAACCAGCUGGACCACGUGAACCUCGUUCAGCUCUACGACGCCUUCGAGUCUAAGAAUGACAUCGUCCUGGUCAUGGAGUAUGUGGAUGGAGGGGAGCUCUUCGACUGCAUCGUUGAUGACAACUACAAUCUGACCGAGCUUGAUACCAUCCUGUUCAUCAGGCAGAUAUGUGAGGGGGUAAGGCACAUGCAUCAGAUGUACAUCCUCCACUUAGACCUGAAGCCUGAGAACAUCCUGUGUGUGAAUCGGGAUACUAAACAAAUAAAAAUUAUUGACUUUGGAUUGGCCAGAAGAUACAAACCCAGAGAGAAGCUGAAGGUGAACUUCGGAACGCCAGAAUUCCUCGCCCCUGAAGUUGUGAACUAUGAUUUUGUUUCCUUUUCCACGGACAUGUGGAGCGUGGGAGUCAUCACUUACAUGCUACUCAGCGGUUUGUCCCCCUUCCUGGGAGAUAACGACGCCGAGACCCUGAACAACAUCCUGGCCUGCAGGUGGGAUCUGGAGGAUGAAGAAUUUCAGGACAUCUCGGAGGAGGCCCGGGGGUUCAUCUCCAAGCUUCUGAUCAAGGAGAAGAGUUGGAGGAUAAGCGCGAGUGAAGCCCUCAAGCACCCUUGGCUGUCGGAUCACAAGCUCCGCUCCAGGCUCAGCGCGCAGAAGAGGAAGAAUUGCUGCUCUGACGCCCAGGACCUGGUGGCCAAAUAGUCCCCGGAGGCGCCCUCUUGAAAGGUUGGUCUCGGGC